UAAUUGAUGACUUUGAAAGCUGUUGGUCUCUUAUAGAACACGGUGCCGAUAUAACAAAGAAGGAUAUGAAUGGGACCACAAUUCUGCAUGUGCUGGCCACAACAGAUGCGUCUCCAGAGAAGUUUUGUAAUCUUCUCGAUUUAAAGGAAAAUGUUGACGUUAGAGACAGAAAUGGCAUGACAGCUUUAAUGCACGCUGCUUUAAAUAACAAUGUCGCCUGGAUGAGAGCUCUUCUACACACAAUGCAUGUGUAAAUGCCAAGGACUCGUGUGGAGUCAUUGCAUUAAUGACGAUUUUUUUGCCAGGGAACAAUGAAUCUGUGUUAAAGAAUAAAGAAAAUGUAAUGGACUGUAUGCAGUUGUUGAUACAACAUGGCGCAAGUGUUAAAGCAAGGGACAAUGAUGCAGAUACUGUUCUGAUGUAUGCGGUAAAGGGCGGCUUUGUGGACUGCUGUCGUGUUCUCAUACACUAUGGUGCUGAUGUAAAUGCAAUAAACAACAUGGGACAAACAGGUUUGUCUAUGGCAUGUUCGUUGGAUUCGUUUGAUUCGUUCGAUCUAUACUGUACCUUUUAUAUAAUGGGGGCUAGAGAUGAUCAGUUUGCACUUCUCAAGUCGAUUAAAUAUUCAAAAGAGGCAUCUCGCAAAGAACUAAAGGAUUUUACAGAGGAACUAAAAACAAUGCUAACCAACUCCAAAAUCAGUUUAAAGUAUAAAGCGAGACAUGUUAUUCAACAAGCUGCCAUCAGGGGAAUCAACAGGGGUUAACAUACUACGACGUUGUCCAUAAAUUGAUUGAAGAUGAUAACUUAAAUUCGGAGAUGCAGAAAUAUAUGUUCUAUGAGAAUGAUAUCAAUGACAUGAAAAAUAUUAUGUCAGAUCUCACAAUCACAAUUUCUUGCAGAAUCAUGAAUAGAAGCAUGCGGUUUUAUUGAAGGUAAUUCUCGAAGAGUUACUCAAUAAGUUGUAUACAAGUGGAAUUGGCGCAUAUUGAGAAUCAUCACAUUAUUUCUCUAAUUGAACGCGAAGAGGACAAAAGAUAAUUAAUUUUAGGAGACACAAAUAGUGUCAGUGGUGGGAUCAAAGUAUUAGUUGUAUCAUUUACAUUCGUGUGUGUGUGGUUACUGCUUGGGAAAGCAGGGUUCAUCACGAAGGCAUGAUCCUUUUAAAGUCAUUCCUCU